UAAAAUAGAGAACAUGCUACCCUAAUUUCAUCACUCUCUUUAUAAAAUUUCCCAAAUCUCUCCCUCUAUUAUUUGUUUUUGGCGGUUUAGCCCUAUCUCUCAUGCCAGAGACCGAAUAUAUUAGCCGAUGAUUCGAGAAUGUUCAUGGAUCUUCACCAUGCUACCUUUGGACGAAUGUAAUACUUACGAUGCUAGAGCUGCGUAGCCAGGCUCGCAGAAAUCGGGCAUUCAUUAACCCAAACCUGAUUGAUUGUAUCCCCCGACUCGAUACCAACGAGUGUGCUAUUCGCACACGUCCGUGGAGAACCGUACAGGAUAGGAGACAUAAAUACGCUUUCCUUGCUGCCGUUGAUGACAACAAGUUCAAGGACAGAGAUAACAAAAACAAUAACAUCGUGAGCUGUGCUGGUGUUGAAAAGCUUCCGUUUGCAAGAAAGGAAAACGAGGAUAUUAAACAGCUUAGGGUUUUCGGAUAAGAGGUUGCCGUAAAGAAGAUGGAUGAAUACGAUAGUGGCGGUCGUAGCCGUGAUAAGGCCCCUGUUGCGGAUGAUGAAGGAAGCACAGCUCCACUUCCUGAGAAGGUUCAGGUAGGUGGUUCCCCAAUGUAUAGAUUAGAAAGAAAACUGGGGAAAGGAGGCUUUGGACAAGUAUAUGUUGGUCGGCGAAUUGGCACUGGUCCAGGAGCUUUAGAGGUAGCUUUAAAAUUUGAACACAGAAGCAGCAAAGGAUGUAAUUAUGGGCCGCCGUAUGAGUGGCAAGUUUACAAUGUACUUGGCGGUACCCAUGGUGUGCCUCGAGUUCAUUAUAAGGGUCGGCAAGGUGACUACUAUGUUAUGGUUAUGGAUAUGCUUGGACCUAGCUUAUGGGAUGUUUGGAAUAAUAACUCGCACACGAUGUCCAUUGAAAUGGUUGCAUGUAUUGCCAUUGAAGCCAUCUCAAUUUUAGAGAAGAUGCACUCCAGAGGGUAUGUUCAUGGUGACAUGAAACCUGAGAAUUUCUUGCUUGGUACUCCCGGGACUCCAGAUAAGAAAAAACUUUUUCUUGUUGACCUAGGAUUAGCAACCAGGUGGCGAGAUAGUUCAAGUGGUCAGCAUGUUGAAUAUGAUCAACGUCCAGAUGUUUUUAGGGGAACUGUACGGUAUGCUAGUGUGCAUGCUCAUCUUGGUAGAACCGGUAGCAGGAGAGAUGAUCUAGAGUCUCUGGCCUACACACUUAUUUUUCUCCUCCGUGGUCGUUUACCCUGGCAAGGAUAUCAGGGUGAAAACAAAGGUUUCCUUGUUUGUAAGAAGAAGAUGGCCACUUCCCCAGAAACUUUGUGUUGCUUUUGCCCUUUACCUUUCAGACAGUUUGUUGAGUACGUGGUGAAUUUGAAAUUUGAUGAGGAGCCAAAUUAUGCAAAAUAUAUCUCUCUUUUUGAUGGGAUUGUUGGUCCGAAUCCAGAUAUUAGGCCAAUAAAUACUGAUGGUGCUCAGAAGCUUAUAUAUCAAGUAGGACAAAAGAGAGGGAGAUUAACCAUGGAGGAGGAAGAGGAUGAGCAGCCAAAGAAGAAGGUUCGAAUGGGAAUGCCUGCAACGCAAUGGAUUAGUGUGUACAAUGCUCGUAGGCCCAUGAAACAAAGAUAUCAUUACAAUGUGGCAGAUGUGAGGCUUCCCCAACAUAUUGAGAAAGGUAAUGAAGAUGGGUUAUUUAUUAGCAGUGUGGCUUCUUGUUCGAACUUAUGGGCUCUUAUCAUGGAUGCUGGCACUGGCUUCACUUCUCAAGUUUAUCAACUCUCACCAUACUUCCUUCACAAGGAAUGGAUUAUGGAGCAAUGGGAAAAGAAUUACUACAUCAGCGCUAUUGCAGGAGCGAAUAAUGGGAGUUCAUUAGUUGUAAUGUCCAAGGGGACCCAGUAUUUGCAGCAAUCCUACAAAGUCAGUGAUUCAUUUCCCUUUAAAUGGAUCAACAAAAAAUGGAGAGAGGGUUUUUAUGUGACUGCCAUGGCCACUGCUGGAAGCAGAUGGGCAAUUGUUAUGUCGCAUGGUGCUCCAUUUUCUGACCAGCAGGUUGUAGAGUUAGAUUUUCUCUAUCCUAGUGAAGGUAUUCAUCGGAGGUGGGAUGGUGGCUACCGCAUCACUUCAACUGCGGCAACUUGUGAUCAAGCUGCUUUUGUUCUUAGUGUUCCUAGAAGAAAACCUACAGAUGAAACUCAGGAGACCCUUCGAACUUCUGCUUUUCCUAGCACUCAUGUAAAGGAGAAAUGGGCAAGGAAUCUCUAUAUUGCAUCAGUUUGUUAUGGUCGAACAGUUUCAUGAACUGGCAAGGUUCUGUUCAGAUGCCACUGAUUUUGUUUUCUUGUGCAUUUGUACAACAAGGGACAGAUCUACAGCUUCACUUUUAGGGAACUAAGAUCUUUAGUCAGAUGGAUUGAUCACAGCAUUUGGGAGUUGAUGUGUGCAAAAUUGUACUUUUUGGCACCAUCAUCUAGCAUCUAUUAAAAAACCUGUGCACUGUCAUUCAAUUAGGUCGAAAUCUCAAUGAGCUAACUUUAGAUCUUUUGUCCCAUUCGAUGCACAACAGAUAUUAUUUGUAUAGUUUUGAAAUCAUAAUUUCUUGGUUGAAGGCAAGUGCACAGGUUAAAGUUUUAAUUAUUGUUGGUGUGAGGAUUAUGCAACGGCAAUUUAUGCUGGACCCUUUAGUGGCAAGUCAUUUAAUCUGUACUAUGUCUAGUGUCUAGCCUUGUUUUCUGGACUAAAAGAUCAUUAUGAUCUUUCACCCAUUCCAUGGAUGCCUGAUUUGACCCUAAAGAAGAGAAAAUGUUACUUAUUUUGUAUAUUUUGCAGU